AUGUCUGGUGGGCUGUGGAACAAGGAGCUACAGAUCAUAAUGGAUUCCAACAUCACGAAGCAGGCUCUAAAUGAAAUUGAAACGCGACAUCAUGAGCUCAUCAAACUGGAGAACUGUAUUCGCGAGCUGCACGAUAUGUUCAUGGACAUGGCAAUGCUGGUGGAAAGCCAGGGAGAGAUGAUAGACAGGAUCGAAUACAACGUCGAGCACUCAGUUGACUACGUAGAGAGGGCAGUGUCUGACACAAAAAAGGCGGUUAAGUACCAGAGUAAAGCACGACGGAAAAUGAUCUUUAUAGGAAUAUGCAUUGCAGUAGUACUGUUGAUUAUCAUCAUUGCUUUGGCUGUGUCUCUCAGUUAAUGCUCGAAAGUGCAUGACCCACCGAAUCAUCCUGACUGAGACUAAAGCUGGGCUGU